AUGUGGGACAUAGAAUGGUCCAAUGGAUCUAGUGAAACGUUGAGAAUCCCGAUAAACUUGGAACGGAGUCUGUCCAUCGUCGCCGGUAGAAUGGUAUCCUUGUUCUUCGCCCUAACACUGACAAUGAUGUACUUGAACCAGAGCUGCAGUGCGAAGAGUCUUCCGUCGAUAUCACCUGAAAAAAAUGGUUUGGUUGCCAAUUCGUGGAGGUCGCUCCAGAAUAGUGAAGACGAAAAAGAUAACCUUAUUUGCCUGUCAACUGAUUGCGUGAAAGCUGCGGCUUCCUUAAUCAACAACAUGGAUGAAUCAGUAGAUCCAUGUGAUGAUUUCUAUCAGUUUGCGUGUGGUAAUUUUAUAAAAAACACAAUUCUCAAUGAUGGCGAAAAUGCACGAAACUCAUUCUUUGAGAUUGAUGAUGCGAUUAUACACCAGAAGCGAAUAAUUGUUACCAAACCCAUUCAACCUGAUGAACUGAGACCGUUCAAGAUGAUGAAAUUACUGUUUAAAUCGUGCAUGGACCAAGAAAAGUUAGGCUUGGGCCCGAUCAAGGAAAUGCUGAAAAGCAUUGGAGGAUGGCCGGUGCUGGAAGCCGAGAGAUGGAAUGAAUCAAAGUUCACGUGGAUGGACAGUAUGUACAAGUUGCAGGGAGUGGCUUACUUCAUCGAAUUAAUGGUUGCACCAGAUAAAAAUGUUAAAGAAAAUAUUCU